GUGCGCGCCUUACUGUAGAAAAAAAAAAUGGAGAAGGACAAGGUGAUAGUGGAAAACUUUAUCAACGGCAAGUUUGUUCCCGCGGAGACAUACAUCGAUAGUUUUGAUCCAUCAACGGGAGAAGUUUGGGCAAAGAUACCAGACAGCGGGGAGAAAGAGGUCAACGCUGCUGUCAACGCCGCCAAGGCCGCGUUUUCAGCAUGGUCCAGCACUCCAGUUAUAGACAGAUCAAAGGUGAUGCUGAAAAUUGCAGAUCUGAUUGAGGCAAGACAGAAUGAAUUUGCAGAGUGGGAGUCACGUGACCAAGGAAAACCAAUGUGGUUGACUAAAACUGUUGACAUUCCACGUUUGAUGCACAACUUCCGAAGCUUUGCCACUGCAGUACUACAUAAUUUAAACAGGUCAUCAGUAUUGGAACCUGUGAAUGCCGUUAAUUACACGGUGAGAGAACCAGUGGGCGUGUCAGGUCUGAUCAGCCCCUGGAACCUCCCCCUGUACCUCCUAUCCUUCAAGAUUGCCCCAGCCAUUGCGUCUGGGAACACUGUCGUUGCCAAGCCCAGUGAGAUGACUUCAGUGACGGCAUGGAAACUCUGUGAGAUAUUUCAGGAAGCAGGUGUACCGCCUGGUGUGAUCAACAUUGUGUUUGGGGUUGGUCCCCGUGCAGGAGAGGCCCUUGUUAAACAUCCAGAUGUGCCCCUCAUAUCAUUCACUGGUGGCACUGUCACAGCCAAGAAAAUUCGGGAAGUUGCAGCUCCAUACUGUAAAAAGUUUUCCUUGGAGCUUGGUGGGAAAAAUGCUGCAGUGAUCUUUGAUGAUGCUGACUUUGAGAAGUGUUUAUCCACAACAUUGAGGUCAAGUUUUGUCAAUCAAGGAGAGAUCUGCCUUUGUACAAGUAGGAUUUUUGUCCAGAAGCAACUAUAUCCAAAGUUUCUAGAAAAGUUUGUGGCUGAGACAAAAAAAUUAAGUGUUGGUGAUCCAAAAAAUGAAAAAACCUUUAUGGGAGCGUUAAUAAGUAAAGAGCAUUUGGCAAAGGUCAAAGGUUAUGUGGAUUUUGCAGAGAGGGAAGGAGCAACGAUUUCUUGUGGCAAAGAGGAAUUGAAGUUAGAUGAUCACAAUAAAAAUGUAAGGAUUGUUAAUUAUUUUCUUGUUUUACUAUGUUUAAAGGCGAUAAAUCGAGCUAACAAUGUGGAUUAUGGCUUAUGUGCCACCGUUUGGACUCAGGAUGCAUCUCGACUUCACAGAGUUUCCAAGUCGCUGCAGGUUGGAACUGUCUGGGCCAAUUGCUGGCUGGUCCGAGAUCUGAAUAUGCCAUUUGGAGGGGUGAAGAAUUCUGGAGUUGGAUCUGAGGGCAACAUCGACUCAAUGGAGUUCUUUACUAAUGAGAAAACAAUAUGUGUAAAAUUGUGAAGAGAUUAUUGUACUAGUUGACAGUUCUGGACAAUCUGUGCAAAAUUAUAUAGAACAAUUAAAUUGUGCUUUCUACAAUAUUGUAUAUCAACAAGAGUGUGUGAAAGAUGCCCCCGUCCAUGGUCAUAUUCAUAUCAAAAACAAUUUUUGCCAUGAUGCUGAUAAAUGACAUUGACCUUUAUUAGUGACAAACUUGGACUUUGACCUCCCAGUUCACCAAGUAUGAAGUGUCUAUCUUGUACACUUCAAAAGUUAAGAUUAGAUUAGAAGCUGUGGAAGAAGAAAAAAAAUGAAAACAAUAUGCCCCAUGAUCUUUGAUCAAGUGAGACAUAAAUCAAUAUUCCUUGAAAAACUAUCAAAUUUUGCACUACUAUGUAGUUGACCCAGCAUAAUAUACAUUUUAGAUGUAGAUAUCAGAGGGUUUUCUGUCUAGGAGGCAGCUGAAAUUGAGUUUAUCAUAUACUGUGAUACAUGGAGUUUAUCACUCCCUCGAGAUUGCCAUGACUGUAGAACAAUAUAGAGGGGAGUUAUGUAACAAAGGAAGCAGAUUUUGAUGAAUGUAAAAUGUUUGCUUUUCGUAUACAUUCCAGAGCUGAUUGUAACUGUUUAUUCAUGGAAUUUAAUCUGUACAAAAUUUUACAUUGAGUAGGAUAAUGGUUGAGCUUCAAUAUUAUCAUCAUCGCAAGUCACGGCUGAAAUGUACGAAAGGGAGAGUAGCAUAUAUUUCAGCCGUGGCUUGCUACGAUGCAAUAUUAUGGAAAUUGAAACUUUUUUUGGCUGCUUGAGCAAUGCAUAUAACUCCUGCACCAAUAGGCUGUAUUUACUCGGACACGUUUUUGGAAAAAUAUUAGGUGAUAGCUUAAUUGUGUGGAUAUUUUCAUUACUGCACUAUAUGUAUGUUUGUGAUACAUUUAUGAUAACAGAUUGUUUCUUUUCAAAUAAAUCAGAAUUUGCUCA